CUCUCAAUCUCAUCCUGCAAAAAAUGGAAAUUUCUUUCCAGCCAUACCUGAUCCUCAUUGCUUUCUCUUUGUGGUUACACUUAAACGCAGGCUCUGUUCGGAGUCUAUGUCUUGAGGAUCAACAAUCAUCACUGCUGAAAUUUAAGCAAACACUCAUUUUCGACCCUGCUCUUUCAUCCAAGCUUGUUUCCUGGGAUUCAUCAGCCAAUUGUUGUUCUUGGCCUGGCGUUACAUUCAGCGGUAGUGGGCAUGUUAUUGGUCUUGACCUCAGCAAUGAGUCAAUUUCCAGUGGGAUUGACAGCUCAAGCAGUCUCUUCGAUCUUCAUCAUCUUCAGAGCCUUAACUUGGCUUUAAACAGGUUCAAUGGCACUCGGAUUCCAUCUGGUUUGGACAAACUUGCUAAUUUGCGCCACCUUAAGCUCUCCUAUUCAGAAUUCAACGGACAAAUUCCAACUGAGAUUUCUGGCUUAACGAGGUUGGUCUUUCUUGAUAUUUCUGUGUCACGGGACCCACAUUCAUUCUACUUUUAUUCGCAUGCUGAAUUGAAACUUGAGAAUCCAAAUUUGUCAAUGCUUGUUCGCAAUUUAACGAGGCUUAGGGAAUUUCACCUCCAAGGAACCAAUAUAUCUGCGGAAGGACCUGAACGGUGUCGUGCCUUGUCUUCACUACCUAGGCUAAGAGUUUUGAACUUGGCUGACUGUCUUCUUUCCGGUCCUAUUGAUUCUUCUCUAGCUAAGAUGAAGCUUCUCUCUGUAAUCCAAUUGAGUUUCAACCAAUUAUCUGCUCCAGUUCCAGAAUUUGUGGGAAAUUUCUUAAACCUAGCUUCAUUGCAUCUCAAAGGGUGUGAUCUACAUGGAAAGUUUCCAGCAAAAGUUUUUCAGCUUCUAACUCUACAAAGUCUUGACAUAUCAAGCAAUCCCUUGCUUCAAGGGUUUCUACCUGAAUUUCCUGAAAAUGGGUCUUUGCAGAUCCUGGUGCUGGAAUCAACAAACUUUUCUGGGAUGAUCCCAAGCUCCGUUGGGAACCUUAAGAUGUUGUCAACAUUGCAACUUUCAUCCUGCAAUUUCUCAACGUCAAUUCCAAACUCGAUCGGAAGCCUUGCAAAUCUGAUUCAUUUGGACUUAUCCUAUAAUUGGUUUUCUGGAGCAAUUCCAUCUUUCAGUAUGUUGAAGAAUUUGGUUGAUUUGGAUCUUUCUCAUAAUAAUUUGUCAGGUCCAAUAAGUUCCACCCACUGGGCAAACCUUUCAAAUCUUGUGAAUCUUCAGUUGUAUGACAAUUCACUGAAGGGAGUUAUCCCUUCAUCUUUGUUUUCCCUUCCAUCUUUUCAGAGGAUAGAUCUCUCAAACAACCGAUUCUCUGGUCAAAUUGGUGACUUCCCAAUCGUGUCUUCUUCUCAGCUGGUUGCUCUUGAUUUGAGCAAUAACAAGUUAAAUGGUUCAAUUCCCAGUUAUUUUUUCAAGCUUCAGGGCCUUAAGCAACUCAUCCUUCCUUCCAACAGCUUCAAUGGCACUUUAGAGCUAAGCAUCAUCCAGAAACUUGGAAAUCUUUCCGCACUCGUUCUUUCUUUCAAUGACUUGUUGGUGGAUGAUGGUUUUGUUACAAGGGAUAUCUCUAAUAUCCUCCAACAAACUCAGUUCAUAGAUUACUCAGAAAAUCAGUUCAACUCUGUUAUUCCAACUGACAUCGGAAGGAUUCCCAAGUCCUUGGCCAAUUGCAAAAUGCUUGAAGUUUUAGAUGUUGGGAACAAUGGGAUUAAUGAUAGCUUCCCAUGUUGGUUGAGUACCAUAUCCAGUUUGCGGGUUCUUGUUUUGCGAUCCAAUAAAUUCUAUGGGUCCAUUGAAUGUCCAGAUGUGGUGAUAGUCACCAACAAAGGUAUAAAGAUUGAGUUAGCGAAGAUCCUAACAAUCUUCACCUCUAUUGAUUUUUCAUGCAACAACUUUGAAGGGAAGAUACCUGGAGUGAUAGGAGAAUUCAGGGGGCUCUAUUUCCUCAAUUUGUCACAUAAUUUUCUUGCAGGUCCAAUCCCUUCGUCUCUGGGUAACUUGCAGUAUCUCGAGUCUUUGGACCUUUCUACUAACAAUUUGAGUGGCGAGAUUCCUCAACAGCUGGGAUGCUUGAAUUUCCUUGAAGUCCUUAACCUCUCACUCAAUCAACUGAAAGGAAGAAUCCCAAAAGCAAAUCAGCUUCAAACAUUUUCAGAAGAUUCUUUCAAAGAUAACAAGGGAUUGUGUGGGACCCCUCUGAUGGAUUGUGGGGCUAAUAUGCAGCCACAAUCUGAAGGCAAAAAUUCAGAUAAUGGAGCCAAGAUUGACUGGAAUCUCAUUAGUGCUGAAGUGGGAUUUGUUUUUGGCUUAGCCAUUGUCAUUUUACCACUUUUGUUCUGGAAGAGAUGGAGGAUAUGGGCUCUCAAGGCACACAGGAGGAGGAACCAGCGGAGUGCUGAUGAAAAUGGAGCUUAUUGCUGUCUUGAUAUAGUUGUUCCCGAAAUAAGAUAUGCCAACAUCUAGUUCUUGUUGAGUAAUGAAUAAGCAUUUCAAACAACAUAUCUGGUAUGAUACUGAGAGGUGAAGCUAUAUUUAUAUGUAUGUAAUUUCUUAUCUUUCCAAUGCCAAAUUGUACUUGUUUUUAUUUCUAGUUUCCUUUAUAUAAACUUAUAAAUUGCAUUGCGUACC